AUGGCAGCAUUGUUGAGCCUCCUAAUCCUUAUAUGUACAACAGAUGCAAAUCCCUCCCAAUUCUGUCCAAUGUCUUGCCUCUGCUAUGACUCUUCCAACCUAGUGGAGUGUAGGGGACUGGAGCUCCUCAUGGUUCCUCAUCACCUUCCUCACAGCACAUGGAUGCUAGAUCUUCGCAGCAACAACCUCAGCCGCCUUGAGCCUGCCUCAUUCCAAGCCUUGUGGUCCCUUCGGAUCCUUCUUUUAUCUGACAACCAGAUUGAGGUUGUGCUAGCAAGAUCAUUCCGGUCUCUUGGAUUCCUUGAACGGCUUGACCUUUCCAAUAACUUCCUCAGCAGCCUUCCUCAUGACUUCUCCAAGGGCUUGGGUUCCUUGAGAGAACUAAGAGUUCCUUCAAAUAGGUUGACUGCCUUAAAUUAUGAAAGUGUAAGACACAUGGAAAGUCUGGAGAAAUUGGACCUGAGCAGAAAUUAUCUGAAUUCAAUAGAACAGGGGGCCUUUCGUGGACUUUCCAGACUACGUCACCUUCACCUCCAGUCCAACCUUCUAGAUUCAGUAAGAGGUGGAUAUUUCUUCAUGCUGCAGAAUUUAGAACUCCUUGACCUUUCAGACAACAAUAUCAGUAGCAUUGCCGUAGAGUCCUUCACCUCCCUACACUCCCUUAGUCUCUUGGCUCUCUCUGACAACCAGUUAAGUCAUCUCAAAUUCAAGACAUUCCUCAAUCUCCAAACUCCAAGUACCCACAUCCAAGUAUCUGGCAACCCAUGGAUAUGUGACUGUGACUUGCAGAGAGUGUUUGGAAAGAUAACCAGUGUGAGGCAUCUUCACAUAGAUGACUAUGACAAUCUUACUUGUGCAGGGCCACCACAACUCUCUGGUGCUGCCCUGGUGUCAGUGGACAACCAGCUAUGUGUAGCAGAGACUGCCACUGUACUGGUGAUCACAAUAACUGUUUUAGUUACCGUUAUUGCUGCAAUUGUAAUGGCUGAGAGGAACCGAAAGAAAAGCCAAGAGAAAAACUGGAAUGAACCAGAUGGUCCCUUUGAAACACAGGACAAGUGA